AAAACAAACAAAAACUGCGCCUAUUUACAGAGAAAACGGUACGAUUAUUAUACAAUUACAGGUGUAGAUUUAGAAUGACGUGCUUUUGGAACACCUACAGUACUGGCUGUAAAAAAGGUCGGUUCUCAAUUCCAUCACAGGAUACAGUAUGUUACUUCAGGCGCCGCCUUGUGGCUGUGUGUUACUAGUAGUGGCAUUAAGUAUCAGGGCGGUCUCUCACUGUAAGCACUGGUGUGGCCGUGGACAGCGGUCAGUGCUGAAACACCGUUUUUAUACUUCCUAGUCCUUCCAGUAUUCUUUUGCUACGGAUGACAACAACUAUAUCUCAGCACGUUUCAUCUUCGGGGAUGGACUUAACGGACUUUUACUGUUACAGUAAAAGCAAAACUGUGAAUUAUAUUUUGUCGUUUUGACACAUCCCGCAUUCUGGUCCACCAGGUAGUGGAAAUUCAAUGCGGGCUUGUAACUGUCUCCAGUCCGACCGACCACGCCGUAUAUAUAUGCCCUAAAUGCCUAGAAUAGGAAGGACGCCUCCAACCUCCAAUGUGAUGCAUCUGUUUAAAAGGAAAAUUACUCGGCUAAGAUGGGUAAUAAGCAAACGAUAUUUACUGAUGAACAGCUUGACGCUUAUCAGGAUUGUACCUUCUUCACACGUAAAGAAAUCCUACGGCUGCAUGGAAGAUACCACGAACUGGCACCUAAUUUAGUACCAAUGGAUUAUACCAAUGAUCCUGAUGUUAAACUCCCUUUACAGCUGAUAAUAAACAUGCCUGAAUUAAAGAAUCCCUUUAGGAACCGCAUUGUGGAGUCAUUUUCUGAAGAUGGACAGGGGAAUCUCUCCUUCAAUGAUUUUGUGGACAUGUUUUCAGUUCUGAGUGAAAUGGCUCCGCGGGAACUAAAGGCUAUAUAUGCAUUUAAAAUAUAUGAUUUCAACACAGACAAUUUCAUCUGUAAGGAGGACUUGGAGAAAACAUUGAAUAAAUUGACAAGAGAGGAGCUCACAGCCGAAGAGGUGAAUUUAGUGUGUGACAAAGUGAUUGAAGAAGCAGAUCUAGAUGGGGAUGGCAAGCUAGCUUUUGCUGAUUUUGAAAAUAUGAUUUCCAGGGCUCCUGACUUCUUGAGCACUUUCCACAUACGGAUCUGAGAAAAGUCAGGGAAGAUGUGCAAAAGGAAAGCCAUGAUGUCCCUAGGCUGCCUGAUCUCAGGUGUUCAGGAGCGCUGUUGAACAGCAGGACAGUGGCAGAGAAUACCCCACAAGUUUCGGCUGCCAGUGUGAACUGCGCUGCACUGAGGAACAAGAUGUAACGUACAGUGCAGUACCACAGCAGACACCAGUGAUCCUAUCAAUGCUGUCCCCACGAUGUCGUGCAGUGCGCAUCUACAACAUGUCAGGCGAUACCGACCUUUACUCUUCCUUGACAUUUAUCUUAAAUGACAUGUCCGUAAAAAGACAAUAAUUUGGCUGGGUUGACAGGAUUUUGUGGUGUUGAUUUCAAGGAAGCACAGGCCUUUGGGCAUUUCAAGUUUUAUCAAGAGGGAAAAAAAUGCAUGCUUUUUUCGCAGAAUUGCAAAGCUGUCAACUGUUGUAACUUGAAAGAUGCACAGACAGCUUUUGUCUACUAAAAUGCAGAGAAAGAAGAAAACAGGAAACACCUGCAUAUAUUGCUGUACCGUUGGAAGACUGCCGGGAGUUGUGAAUGACUUCAGUGUCUUUGUAACUGAAUGUUAAGCUGUUAGGCUUUCUCCUUUUUUAUGUGUGUCUUGCACAUUGCAAUUAUUAAGGUGGCACUUCUGGAAUAUCUUACAUUUUUUUCCAAAGGGGUGACCACUUUUGUCUCAACUGUGGGUAGUGAUGAAUCAAUUUUAAAAAGUCAAAUAUAUGUGGUGUGCACCAAGGAAAAUACAAAAAGCACAGCACUGGCACCAAGGACACAAUGAUAGUUUUUUUUAACAGCUAUGCAAUCUUUCCCCAUAAAAUGCAUGAAUGUAACUGUAUUUUGUUUCCCUGCUGCAAAUUGCUUUGUCAUUUUAAUUCCAGCACUGCUGAAGUACUGGAGCAUGACGACAAUCAUAUAUAACUGUUCUCCAGUUGAAGGAAGGGCUCUUUCAUCUACACUGCAUCUACUUUCAUGUCCACCACUGAACUUCUUAGUCAUUUUUGUUAUGCUUUGAUACUUUUUGUGUUUUACUGAGAUGUUAGCAUCAACUGUCCUAAUGAACCUUUUUCAGUAUUUGAUGUAAUAUAGAAUAUUUGGCUAAACUUUGAA